AUGGCGGGCAUCGACGUGUUUUUGCUCGGACAGGGCAAGAGCCCAACCCAAUUCUUUGAGCUCGACGGAUUGAAAAGUCUGGAUGAUCUCCGCGCCGCCGUGUUGAAAAGGUUCGCCAUUCUGGCGGAGAGAGCAGAAGUGCGCUUCUUUUGCGGGUCCGAGGAAGUGCAAAACCUGGGAGAAAUAGAGCAUGGACGUGUCGGGGUUGCCGUCGGCCGCAAUGGAGUAAGAGAUCCCGAGGGACCGACGGGCGUCCCGAUUUUUGGCAACUACUUCGACAUUUACCCCGACCAUGUCGGUAACUAUCGAGGGCUCUUCGAGAGAUACGGGGGCGUUAUCAAGGUCUGCAAUAUGGGGCGAACCUUUUACCUGACCAACGAACCUGAGGUGGCCAGGUUUGUUUUCAGAGACGGCGACUACUUUACCAAGGCGCCGACGUCUCCAGGCCACCCGCUCCAUGGGAUCGAGGACCCGAGUGCACUGUUCCUCUGCGACACGGAAUCGCCGGCUUGGAAGGAAGCCCACAAAUUCCUUCCGCCCAGCAUGUCACCGAAGGCGAUGCGACACCACAUGCCCAUGAUAACGGACGCCGUGACCGCAUCUUUCAACGUGCUGGACCAAACAGAGACCACGGGCCAGGCCUUCAACGUGUUCAAGUUCGCAGGCAAGCUGGCUUCUCAAAUCUCAGCAAAGCUGGUGCUCGGCAUUGACCUGCACCACUUCGAUUCGCUCGAGACGCCGCUGCAUCGGAUGAUGGCUCUCAUUGAACGCGCAGUGAUGCUGAACACCCGCUUGCAGGUGAGGGGGAAGCUUUACUCGUACCUGCCGUUCGGGGCCCCGGCACUCCUCCGACAGAGCCUGAGGGAGGUGUACGGCUACAUUGACCAGGCGAUCCUAGACUGCGACCACGACGGCGCGCCCAGCUUGCCCCUGCAGGCGGCGGCCGUUGGGUCGACCUCGCUCGUCGACUACAUGCUCCGCGCAACGGACGGGUCCGGUCAGAAGAUGACAAGCCGCUAUGUGCGCGGGAACACGCUCGUGCUGCUCGGGGCGGGCUUCAUCACCAGCUCGGCGUUUCUAUCCUGGCUGAUCUACUCGCUCGUCGUCUACCCCGGCACGCAGGCGCGCCUGCUGCAGGAGCUGGUCGACCACGGCGCGGCGCCCGGCAAACGGUGGACAUACGAGGAGAUCCACGCUAUGCCCUUCCUCGACGGCUUCGUCAAGGAAACCCAGCGCGUGCACAGCCCGUCCUUCCAACCCGCUCGCAACGCCCGUCGGGACGUCAUCCUUCCCGGCGGCUGGAGGCUGCCCAAGGGCGCCAUUAUCAUUCCUAGCCUACCCCACCUACACACGAACCCCGACCACUGGAGCGAUCCGUACCGCUUCGAUCCCGAUCGCUGGGCGACGGACCGCGUUAAGGAUCGACACCGCUCCGCGUACGUACCGUUCGCGGCGGGCGCGCGGGGGUGCAUCGGCUUCAAUGCGGCGCUGCUGGAAGCAAAGGUCGCGCUCGCCGAGCUAGUCUACCGGUACGCGUUCGCCGACGCGAGCGAGGCCGCGGUGGAGUACGACCCCGAGUUCAACAACAUCAGGCCAUCGAACUUCUAUGCCACGGCUACCCGGAGAACGGCCUGGCCGGCGCGGACCGGGGCGCCUCGCUGA